AUGUAUGACCACCAGAAAACUGUGAUAUUGCCAAAAGCUCGUUAUGAUUGGUUGCAUUUAAGAUUACAGGAUUUUAAAUCUGUGAGUGAAUAUAACUCAGCCAUGUUUAAAAUUACUUCUCAACUGAAAUUAUGUGGAGAGAAAAUUACUGAUGCAGAUAUGUUAGAAAAAACAUACUCCACUUUUCAUGCAAACAAUGUUGUCCUGCAGACACAGUAUCGAGAAAAAGCACACCCUACUGGCUCAACUCCAUUCCCUGAAGCGAAUGUGACAUCCUAUAGCGGGAAAAUAUCAAAGAAUAAAGACCAUGCCAGCAGCAGUGGUCGUGGCCAAUGGCGAGGCCGUGGGCGUGGACGUGGUUUUGGUGGCUAUGGUAGAGGUCGUGGAGGUUAUUACAAGAGCUCACAUUCCCACCAGAAGUGGGACCGCAAAGAUGGUAAAGGUGAGAGAGGAAAAAGUGACAAUGUGAUCAGUGUUUGUUAUCGUUGUGGAGGAAAAGGCCAUUGGUCACGCGUAUGUCGCACUCCAAAACACCUUGUUGACCUUUAUCAAUCAUCAUUGAAGAAGAAAGGAAAGAAUGUUGAGACCAAUCUUGUAUUUGAAGAUGGCGAAGGUGAUUUUGAGUCUAGUGAUACAACUCACCUAGAAGUUGCAGAUUUCUUUAAUUCCCCUGAAGGGAAUAAUUAA